AUGGAUGCUAGGAAGAUCCUGGCUACUCAUAUUCCGAAAGAAGGAAUUGAAGAUAACAUAGAUUGGAAGUUCACCUCUUCAUGCAACUACUCAGCAAAAACAGGAUACUGGUACCUCAAUAAAGGAACGCCAAUAGACCAAUUAGAAAAACAAUUCUGGAAAUCAAUCUGGAAUUCAGACAUUUUCCUAGAGUGGAAACACUUUUUAUGGAAAAUAGCAGUCAAAGCAAUACCUACAGCUUCCAACCUAACCAAGAGGCAAAUCAAAAUGGAUGAAAAAUGCAAGUUCUGCAAGUUGGAGCUGGAAGACGAAACUCACUUAUUCAAGAAUUGUGAGUUUACCCAAAGAAUUUGGACUUCAACCAUGGGUAUUAAAAUUUCAAAUGUUACGGAUACCCCAGUGAAGGAUUGGAUUCGAAACUUCUUGAACCUAUUUAGGAAGAAAAAACAGGAAGAAUUUGUCGAGCUAAGAAGAAAUUUUAUAGCAACUCUAUGGAGUAUCUGGUUACAUAGGAAUGAAAUUGUCUUUAAGGGAGGAUCACCGAAUCCUAUGAGCAUCAUGGAAAUCUACAGGGAUAGCAAGGAGAAACACAUUCAAGCAACAAAACAGUGGGACUUUGCUAAAUCGCGAGUUCACAAGACAACUAUGUAG